UAAGAACGAAUGCCUGGAUUAUUACAAGUCAUGAGGUAUGAUUUCUCUUAUAUCCCUUUUCAAAAACAUUUUAAUGCAUGUUGUGCGUGUGUAAAGUUAACCCAAAAUUGGUUAAAAUGUCAAACCUAAGUUUAAUUUUUAAAGAUUUAAUAUAAACAGUGUACUAUUUAACCAGGGGCGGCUACUCUGGGUGUGGUCAGACAGUAGGGCUGUUUCUGUCUUGGCUUGCCAUCUGCUCGGCUUACACUGUAGACGUUGAGCGGAAGGAGGUCUGGAAAGAACCAGGUCAGGUCCAACGCCACAUGCGCGGGAUCUGUCACUUCCAGAUUCUGGAACUGCAACGAGCAGGAAAAUGGUGGAUGAAUGUCAGUUUUGACAAACCAACAUAUGGCUUCCAGUCGUGGAUCAUGAAGACUAUCAACGUUUUAGAUGAAGGGCGUCUUUAUCGUCUGCGCAGCAAUUACGAAUACCACCCUCUCAAUGUGUCAGUGCAAUUCAUCGUAGACUUUUAUGGUACCCCGCCGAAUGGAGUUUGCAAUUCCAACAUCAAAGACCCUAACCCAAUUCCAACAUCACCGCCUCCUACAGUUCCAACAUUUGUACCGCCAGUAAACUGUCCUCGGGCACAGGGACCUGGAUUGACUUCUGCGAUAAAGAAUGAAGCCGUUUGGAAAAAUGGAAUCACCAAUACGAUGACCGCCUUCUGUGAUUUCGAAUUUGAAAAGGACAUCAAGAAGUACUGCAUCACCGUUGACGUGGACCAGAAGACAUCAGCAUUUUCUGCUUGGUUCACGAAGACGAUGUACUCCUCUCCGGAUGGUCUAGCAUAUACAACUAGGAACCGGUUCAAUGGAAAAGAUCCCUGGAUCGCCUACGCACCUGGAAUCCAGUUUAAGUUCCAGAUGAGUUUCAAAAGCAGUGCACCGAUUGGUAACUGUACGUUGUACACUUGGGACUGAUGAUGCACUUGACACUGUUCUAUUGUUUAAACGAAUAAAUACACCUGUUCG